AUGGACAAACUAGAUAAGUUGACACCCGACGAUAGCCGUAUCCGCCAUGGCUACGUCAACAGCAAUGGGCAUAAGUGGCACUACCUCGACGUCGCAGCCUCUACCCCUGAUGAACGAGGCCUUGUAGUCCUGAUCCAUGGCUUCCCAGACAUCUCCCUAGCCUGGCGCUACCAGAUCCCUAUGCUCUCCGCCUUGGGUCUCCGCUGUAUAGCACUCGACUGCAUGGGCUACGGUCUUACCGGCACCUCCUCGAACUUGAGAGACUUCGGGUACAAGAACCACGCCGAUGCCGUCGCAGCCAUUGCAAAAGAGGCUGGAGCUUCCCGCAUCAUCCUCGGUGGUCACGAUUGGGGCGGGCUGGUAGUCUAUCGGAUCGCGCAGUGGUAUCCUGAUCUUGUCAGUCAUGUCUUUAGUGUGGCUACACCUUUCUCGGCUCCGAUGGAGCAGUAUGUUAGUACUGAACAGCUUGUCAAUGGGCCCUUGCCACAGUUUGGGUAUCAGUUGCAAUUUGGUAGUGAGGAUCACAGGGUGGAGAAGGUUCUUCAGGGGAAGUCACUCAUUCGCAAGUUCUUGUCCGGCAUGUACGGAGGGAAGUUGGCGAGUGGGAAGACAGUCAUGGUGCCCGAGACGGGUGUGGAUCUUGAGGCUAUGGCGGAUGAGAAGGACGAGGUGAAGAUGACUGCGCUGUUGAACGACGAGGAGCUUGACUACUACGUCGAUCAAUUCGCGGUCAACGGCGUAGAAGGUCCCUGCAACUGGUACCGCCUUCGCAAAGUCAACUGGGAGGAUGAGAAGGCCAUGCCCGUUAGCCAACGAGCUGGUAUACAGCAACCUGUCCUUUUUGUACAAGCUACUUAUGACAGCGUACUGCGACCGGAAAUGAGCAAGGGCAUGGAGAAGGCUAUACCAAAUCUGACGAGAGGAGAAGUCCCGAGCAGUCAUUGGGCACUUUGGCAUAAUGGGAACAAGACUAAUGAGAUAAUCAAGGAGUGGUUCGAGGGAGUUGUGUUUGGUGGGAAAAGUAAGCUCUAA